AUGGUCAAGCCUCGCCAAUCACAACCUUCAAAGACAUGGAACAGUAAUACCAUUAGCAGCAGCAGCAACAACGUACCAGAGAAUAGCUUGCAAUUCGAAGGUCCUUCUAUCUUUAAUGAACAUGCGCCGGCGCAUGAGGACUCUAGUUUACCACCUGACAUGACCAUUGCUCCCACUACGGUUGAUGAAUCACACGACCCUACCGCUACGAGUAGCAGCGUAUUAGCCGUUCCCAUGCUCCCUGGUGUAUCCUUUGAACCUAUUUACCGUCAACAUCGAAGUGCAUCGUUUUCAAUGGGUGAGGAUCCUGCUAUUUUCGGUUACGACAAGGAUGAUGAGUAUAGUGAUGAUGAAUACCAUGCUCAAAAGUACAAGACACCACUUGAGACAAUGGCUGAGGAAGAGGAUGACGAAGAAAUCACCGAGGAAGAGAUUGAUUUUAAGCGAGUACGAUCCAUGUCAUCUGGUUCAGCAUUGGGUCGUUUAUCAUCAUCACAACGAGGACAUCUUUUUGAAAAGUACAAGCAACCAUCAUCCAGAAAACAACAACAACAGCCACCUGAGCCAUCCUUGGCUGAAGAUAGCAACCAUGAUCAACAACAGCGACCAGAUCCUGUACGCCAACUUGCCGAGCAAUUGGAAGCUAUGCAAGUGAGACAACAACAGCAGCAACAGCAACAUGUAAUGCACCCAACCGCAUCACCAAUGACGCAUAUGAUCCCACCUUAUCCUCAUCACCCUCAUCCUAUGGCCCAUCAUCAUCAUCAUCCUUCAGCUGAAAUGUACAUGGUUGCUGGUGGUGGCGGUGGUAGUAGUAGUGGCGUAAAUACACCAUCUUCACUUCCUCACACUCCUACGAUGCCUCAUUUUAUCCCGCAUGACAACAACACCACUGCGACAACGACUUCUUCAGAUUUGGGCAAGGGUAUCCCGUUACACAAGCUGCCUCAUGGUGCAUCGUUGUACAUGGUUGAAUUUAAAGCUGGUCGCACAGACUUUUUCUAUUACAAUGACACCAACAAUGACACUAUCCAUUUGCAUGAUUUGGUCAUUGUCGAAGCGGAUCGUGGUAAAGAUCUUGGAAAAGUGGCUAUGGAACAUCUUGAACCCGAUCAAGUCUCACAAAUGCAUGCACAAAAGCAGCAACAGCAGCAACAACAGCAACAGCAACAGGAUGAACACCAUGAAACGGAGCCAACGGAGGUGCAUGUCAAACGUAUUUAUCGGCAGGCAUUGCCAGAAGAAGCGAGUGCAUUGAUCCUCAAAAGUCAAGAUGAACAACGUGCAUUGGCUGUGUGUCAACAAAAGACCAAGCAACGUAAAUUGCCCAUGGAAGUGGUGGAUGCUGAAUAUCAAUGGGAUCGUCGCAAGUUGACCUUUUAUUUCAUGGCUGAUCGACGUAUUGAUUUCCGGGAAUUGGUCCGAGAACUCUUCAAGAUGUACAAGACGCGUAUCUGGAUGUGCGCUGUCAAUUCGGUGUAA